UAUCACACUGCUGCUGCUCCUUCAUAAUGUGUAUGAAUUCGCUUGUUCGUUUUGUUAUUUUUUUCGCGCCUUGAUAGCAUGGUUCCCUUUUUUUUGUUCCUGCGCCACUCAGCGCUCAACGGACUUGGUGUCGCAAAUCGGCGCGAUAAAGAAAUGUGCUAAACAGUACCACACACAACGUGAUAAAUAAUCUUGCUGCACUGAUGCUGCUGCUGCUGGGCAGCCCUCGACAUUUUUUGCAGUAUCGUGCCUGUAAUAUGUGGUGCGAUGGGAAGGUAUCGCAAUAAUAAGCUAUUGAUCGUUGCGGCGGUAUUCGUGCUCGCUCUGUGGAUAUAUGUUUCUAGAAAGAAUGAUAAAAUUUCGAAACGACAGUACAAUGUGAUGGUUUGGUGGAGUCCUUACAAAAAACAUCACAUUGAUUAUCACCGAAAAUGUGGGCAGAUCGAAUGUCGUUUCUCUAGUGAUCGUGAAGCUAGUAAGGAUGAUUAUUUUAUGGGUUAUUUAUUUGAUGGUGCUAAAAUUACCUUGAAUGAUUUACCCAAAACACGAAAGUAUGACGAAUACUGGGCAUUAUAUUAUGACUCAUCGCCGAAAGAUGUGCCUUUUCUACUACAAAGUAUUCAUCUGUUCAACUUUACUUCGUCAUUUAGUAGAUAUAGCGAUAUACCGCUGACGCUGCAGCCAUUUACGAGUCUUGAGGAACUCAUCAAUUACAAGCUCAUGUACACGUACGGGCAAAAGUCGGCGUUUCAGAAAAAUAUAAAGUUGGCGCCAAUUUUGUACCUACAAUCCCACUGUAAUACUCUCACAGGUCGAGAACUUUACGUUCAACAACUCGGACGUCACAUUGCCAUCGAUUCCUAUGGGGCAUGUCUUAAGAAUAAAAGCCUACCUGCGAACAUCGAAGACGACGCAACAAAUCCUAGAGAUAUCAGAAACUUUUAUGAUUUCGUCUCCAAGUACAAAUUUAUGAUUGUUUACGAGGACGUGGCUUGCGAAGAUUACAUUUCUUCUAAAUUUUGGAAAUCUUUAACGUUAGGCGUUGUACCGAUCUACUUUGGAGCAACAAAUAUCAGAAACUAUCUGCCAAACCCCGGAUCCGCCAUUCUAGUCGAAGACUUUGCCAAACCAGCUGACCUCGCCCAGUUCAUCCAAAAAGUGUCCAACAGCGAGGAGUCCUACACCAGCUUUCUCCUGCACAAAACGGUGGACUUUUACCCCAUCACGAACCAACCGCUGGUAGAUUACCUCUUCCGGCAGGACAUUCAGUACGUGGAGAAUCGAAAGGCGCGAACCAUCGCCGAAUUCGAGUGUUACGUGUGCGCGCAAAGUUCGGCGGGGCUGCAAAAACAGGCCGCGGAGCGAGAAUUCACCUGCAAGCUGCCACACUUUCCGCCGGGGAAUGUUACGCACAAAGCGAUGCCACGUGUUCAGAGUUUUAUCGAGCAAGUCAGGGCGGAAGCAGCCGAGGUGGAGAAGAUGAUUGAGUUCAUUGGAUAAAAGAACACAAUUAGGUUUUACAAAUUAAGUUUUUAAUAAAGAUUGAAAUUCAGUCAAACUUAAGACAA